GCCAGUGACAGAGCCAGUUUCUCGCGUAGCAUCGCCCGGCGUCGAGGCGCCCCUUCAGUAUGAAGCCGACGACCGUGCCAGCCGCAGCCGCUGCACCUGUCGUCCCGUCUAUCGCGACAGCCACGCUCGACCCGGUCGUACGCUCCUGAUCGUGGAUCCUGCCAUCGAUACGACGAUACCCCAUAACGGAUACCCAUAUUCUCAGCUCCGAUUUCCCGUCGUCGAGAAAGAUCCGAGCGUGCCGGAGACACGCCGCGCGUCGCGUCCUACGCAGCUUCUGGAUAAAGAGGGAUCAUCCUGGAUCAUCGGCCCGGUGGAAUACAGGAGGAUCGGCACGAGGAGCGAUUCCAUCGUGAAGAGAUCCUGCAGACGAGAGCGCCACAGCCCGGAGAGGAUCGUCGAUCUCGUGAAACCCGUUCCGUCUCUCUCUUCCCCGGUCUUCCUCGUCUUUCUUUCGGCCGGUUCUUCCUGGACGUGAUCGGUGAUCGGCUUGUGUUCCUCCAGUGUUUCUUAUUUCCUUACCCACGCCGGGUAAGGUUGCUGCCGCCGCUUCUUCUUCGUCGUCGUCCGUAGUUGUCUUCCUCCUACUCCUCUUCUUAUUCUUCUGCUUCUUCUUCUUCUCUUCUCUUCUCUUCUUCUUCUUGCCGACCGUCGCGAGGAGGUUCGUCUCGAAGAAACUGUGAUACGCGGUGAAGAAAGAGGAGACGCGUGCGGGACUCCGUAUAAAAGUGAAAACUCGUUCCUCCGGUGACGUGGUUCGGGAGCUCCUCCUACUCGGGAGAAUCCGGAGUCCGUUCCCGCGCCCUUUUACUGGAUAUUUCGGACUACGCCAGGAAUUCUUCUCUCUUGGAUCACCAACGGCUGGAUCGGAUCCCCACGGCGGCGGAUCGAGCGUGCAUCGAGGACCCGUGAUGCCACCGCCGAGUCGUCGGAAUCGUUAGAAACGGGCCGAGAAAAAUGGCCUCGAUCUUGGGAGACGGAACGGGCCCCGGAGGCUCGGGACCCUCCCGAUGCCUCUUGCUCCUUCAAAGGUCCCUGGCGAUUCAGCUGACCAGGGGUCCGCCUCCUCAGGUUCUGAACGCCAGCCAACGGGAGAGUCCCAAGGAGCAUCCAGCCGACGAGAUGUGGAUGUACGAUAAAGGUUACAAUUUGUUUCAGAGCUUCUUGGAGGCGAACUCUAAGUGCUGGUGGAACGCAGCCUUGGUGGACGCGACUCGACAACUCAGGUACAAGGGUCACGUGUCACCUGGCGUGCUGAUGGUCGGUGGACCACCCUGUGCCCUCGAGGUCUUGAGGGCAGCCUGGGCUCGAAACGUCCUACGACCGCCAGCCGACCAUGCGAUCACCUGCCUCGGCGACAUCGAGGAUUGCUUGGUCGCCCCGGUGGCUCAGGGGCAAUUCACGCCGCUGCCGGAAGCCCUUUGUUGGGCCAUCCUGGAGUUGACGUCCCAGAGGCAAGCAGCGACUUUGGACACGCUCAGAUCCGCUCUGAGGAACGCGUUCCCAGCCAUGCAGAGACCGAACCGCGAGCUGGUUUACGACGCCCUCGCGAAAUUGAUGCAAGAACGGAAGAUAUAUCACACGUCGCAGGGCUAUUUCGUCGUUACGCCGGAGACCAGGAGGCUCAGGCGCGAUUCCAGCAACUCCAGGAGAUGUUCCAGAGAGGUCAGCGGAUCCAGAGGUCAGGGCAGCAUGCUGAUGUCCAACGACGAAGCCAUGGCCCUGGUGCAUGGCGAAAUGCUCACGCUCAGGGACGGCGAUGUCACGCAUCAAGCUGUGCAGACGAAUCUGGCAGACGUCAUCUGCGGAGGUAAUCCCAAUGAUAAGGUUCUGUUCGCGAGAUGUCGAUCGAUGCCCGGUCGUCUGGAGAGGCGACACUCGCUCCGGCUUUGGGGUUCAGCCAGACGCCUGCACAGAAGUGGAAGUUCGCGGUCCUUGCCACGGAGGCCGGAGAGAAGCGACACUUCGUCGAGCGCGGAGUAUGCGAGCACCGACAGCGCGCCUCAUAGCCCAACCAGUUUCUCCGGAAUUUUUUCAGAGAAAAUAGGUCUGCUCUCCAGGCUGUUCCGACGCAGUACACGAAGAAAGGGUGCACCGUUAAUGGGCACGUUCAGCGCUCAGUAUCCUCCUACCGAGUGGUUUAACCCGCGCGUCGUUCACCUACACAGCGUGGCCACUCAAACGAGAGCAGCCAGCCCUUCGAUGAUGGAGGGCCUGGACCAAUCGCAGGCCAGUUUCCAAGUUUGGGACGACUCAAGCUCCGUGCGAUCCGCCACACUGCCGAGGCGACAUCGACGCCAAGCCAGCGGCGAUUCCUCUAGUUUAUUGGCGAACUCGACGCCCAGGAGUUCCAGACGACAUCGAUCACCGUGCUCGACCCUGCCCCGAUCGAAGUGUUCCAGCCUGAGCAGAUGCACGUCCAGAGCGUCCGUACUGCCGCCCAGCACCAACCAGGAAUCGUAUCAAGGCCGGAAUCAGACGCAAAACGGCAAGAACUCGGCCAACUCGUCGCCCAGCAGAAGCGGCGGUAGCUCCGGCUCCGUUCGAACGACGAACGCCAGCCCCGCGAAAACGGCCACGCUGGGACGAUCCAGUAUGAGACAAUCGAACGCCAGGCGACCGAGUCACGAUUCCACCGGCAGCGUUACGAAAUCGAACGGAUCGCCGCAACACAAGGUUUUGCAAAAGACGUCGUCCGGGCACUCGUCUCACUCCAGCGGCAAAUCGAUCUCCAGCAGCAAGCUGUCGUCGUCGCCGUUAAAAACGUCCACCCUGCCAGUGAAGUCGUCCCCGUUGAAGGUGGUGCAACAAGGAUCCCUGACGCCGUUGCAGGAGGCGCAGAACUCGAUCACGCUGCAGGUGUCCACGAAUUUAACGCCGGUCAGCCCGUCGCAGGAACAGCGCGCGAUUCAGAACAGCGUGACGCUUGCCUCGAACGCCACCAGCACGACCACCAUAUCCGGGUCCCCGGGCACGAAGAUCUACGUGCAGCAGAACAACUCGCCCAUGAGGUCCGUGAUCACAUUCGAGAACGGGACGGUGAAGACCAAAGUGGCUGACAAGGAGCCCGCGGACUGCAAGGAGAAGCAAGACCGGGAGCUGAUCGGCGAGAAGGUGUACAAGUCCCGAAUAGACGAGGAGAAGCUGUACAAGUCGAAGCUCGACGACGAGAAGCUGAACAAGUCGAGCAAGCUAGAGCGCCCGUCCUCGCUCUACGGUUCCAAAGAGUCGAAACCGAGCCAGCAGCAGUCCGAGUCCGACAAGGAGAACAAGCCCAAGGCCGAGGAGGAGCUGCCCAACAAACUGAAGCUGACGAACCGUCUGAACAACAGCCAGGCCCAUCUGAUUGACGGUUCGACGAACAACAUAGACAAGAACUCUUUGGUCAACGAGCAUCCCGCCACCACCUUGUCCAGCAUGAAGAACACCAACGACGCCAUGAACAAUUCACGGAAGCUCAGUCUGUCGCUGUCGAAGGACGCUCUGAGUUACAGGAACCUCCUGCGUCCUGGUUCGAAGAACAACAUCGCCUCGAAUCCCCCGUCGCCCACCAAGUCGUUCGACGGUUUCGGUGGAUCAUUCAACAACGUCUACAUAGAGAAUCUCGAAGCUACGAAACAGCAGAGAGCACCGCAGGGUUCUGAACCGAAUCUCGAGAAGACGGUCAGUCGAGGCGACCUUUACACGUAUCCCAGUCUGAGCGACAUGCAGGUACAGUUCACCAGCCUGGCGGCGCAGAAGAUUCUCAAGGGCUGCCCGAUCAACAGCGUGGACACGUUGGUCGAAGUCAACAUGGCGGCCGCCGAGAAACCGAACAACUGCGACGUCACCGUUCACACCGACUUUGGACUCGUUUAAAGUUUUUCUCGUCGACGUUUCCCGCCCGUUUCGUACAGUGAGAGGUUGAACUUUAGCACGAUGAACUUAUCAGUACCGCUGGGACACGCGUCGAAUAGCAACGGAUGAACGCUGUCCUGCUUAAGCAUAUAGACAGCACUAUGACAGUUACCAAUUAAUAAACAUUCGUUUCGUUCUCACUUACACCGUGCUAUCACCUGUUGCGUCGUGCUUGGCGUCCACUCAAGAAUUUUACGACAGUCGCCAUUCUGAACUCUCUGGCCCAAUGUUUUGAUGAGAUCUUUAAAAUUGGAAGAGGCGUGGUAGAAAAUAUAUUUUAAAAACAUUGAAGCGGUAUCCUAUAUAAGAAAAGAAUUAUGGGCCUGCAUAAUACAGAUUACAAUUUUUGGGCUCGAUAGAAACUUUUUAAGGUAAAACUUUCAAGUGGAUACCUAGCACCAGGGUCGAAAUCGCUUCCGUUCGAAAAGUAUCGAUAAUCGUUCGAGGAUUCUCGAGCACACUGUGCUUCCAUUGAUCAUCUAUAUGCUUACGCGGCCGAACGUUCGAUAGUAUUUUGUAUAAAUAAAGGCAGCCAUUCCACAGAAAGUAUUCGUUAGCUUAUUUCUAGUUGUUUAGAGCACAUUCAAGAAUCCGGUGAAACGCAUUCGAGCAGUGACCAAAUUUUAUUCGCAUGAUGCUUUGACCACGAAGUACUUGUGUAUGCCGCGUCUUCGUUGCAUUCAUCGUUCAAUAGCCAUUUUCGUUCAAACGCAUUGCACGAUUCGUUACGAUAUUUAUACACUGCUCAGAACAAUUAAGGGAUAAGGUUUCUGAACAAUUCGAGAGAGUAAAACAAAUACCACGGACGAUAGAGGUGCGUAGUCUAAUUUACAGGGACUCGUGAAUUUGUCGUUGUAAUAUAGUUUAUUCUUUUCGCGUUUGGACCGUGAUUAUAGCAACAGUGUCGCAAUUUUGAAACAGUGUUCGUUCGUCCGAAAUGUUGCAACUCUUUUCGCGAUUGGUACCGAAAUCAAUUUCUAUUUUACUUUUAAGUAGUCCAAAUCCUUUGUUCGAUAGCCAGGAUUCAGUUAAUUUACAAGUCCCGUUUAAUAUAGGAUAGAAAAUGACAAUACAAUAGAGUACAAAAAAGAUGAAGUUGGAAGAAAUUUUCGUUUCUUGUGAUCGACACUAUGACACUGUGGGAGAAUUAUAACGCGACAGUAGUAUUUCUAAUUGGUUCCUCGUUAUGCCUGAGAUAAAAUAAAUAAAAAGCCACCUAUUUAAAAUCCGAGUUUGAGCGAAGAAAUAUUAUUUGAAAUAAUA